GCGCCUCCGAUCUCGCUGGAGAAAGGGAGUGACUGAGGCCGGGAGCAGAAGACAGAAUGCUUUAGUCACCUCUGCCUGAAGACGCUGGGCUGCAGCACUGGUCGGGUAAGGGGCUAGGGAGUCUCCCCAAAAGCCUUGAAGGCCCCCCUGCACCAGCUCUAAGGGACAUCCCAGAAGUUAGCAUCAGUGGGACUUGGCAGCUUUGAUCUCAACAACCACGUGAUGGAGCAGGGAGCAGGUGGCUCUGGCUGAUGGAUGUCUGAGACAAAUGGUCCUUCACAUGCCUCUUCAAAAUGAUAUUCUAAAGGUCACCUGGAAAUUGCCACAACUGCCCAGGCAUCAAAGGAAAAAGCCUGCCAGAGACAUCUGACCUCCUAGGCCAUGGCUGGUGAUUCUAGGAAUGCUAUGAAGCAGGACAUGGAGAUUGGAGUCACCCCCCGGGACCCCAAGAAGAUCCCCAAACAGGCCCGCGACGACGCGCCCCUGGCCACGGACCGCACACGCCUGCUGGCCGAGGGCAAGAAGCCACGCCAGCGCUAUAUGGAGAAGAGCGGCAAGUGCAACGUGCACCACGGCAACGUGCAGGAGACCUACCGCUACCUGAGCGACCUCUUCACCACGCUGGUGGACCUCAAGUGGCGCUUCAACCUGCUCGUCUUCACCAUGGUCUAUACCACCACCUGGCUGUUCUUCGGCUUCAUCUGGUGGCUCAUCGCUUACAUCCGGGGCGACCUGGACCACGUGGGCGACCAAGAGUGGAUCCCUUGUGUGGAGAACCUCAGCGGCUUCGUGUCAGCUUUCCUGUUCUCCAUUGAGACCGAAACUACCAUCGGAUAUGGCUUCAGGGUCAUCACCGAGAAGUGUCCAGAGGGGAUCGUCCUCCUCCUGGUGCAGGCCAUCCUGGGCUCCAUCGUCAAUGCCUUCAUGGUGGGGUGCAUGUUCGUCAAGAUCAGCCAGCCCAAGAAGAGGGCGGAGACCCUCAUGUUCUCCAGCCACGCAGUCAUCUCCAUGCGGGACGAGAAGCUGUGCUUCAUGUUCCGGGUGGGCGACCUCCGCAACUCGCACAUCGUGGAGGCCUCCAUCCGAGCCAAGCUCAUCAAGUCGAGGCAGACCAAAGAGGGGGAGUUCAUCCCCCUGAAUCAGACAGACAUUAACGUGGGCUUUGACACCGGGGACGACCGUCUCUUCCUGGUGUCCCCGCUCAUCAUCUCCCAUGAGAUCAAUGAGAAGAGCCCCUUCUGGGAGAUGUCUCGGGCCCAGCUGCACCAGGAGGAGUUUGAGGUGGUGGUCAUUCUAGAAGGGAUGGUGGAAGCAACCGGCAUGACUUGUCAAGCACGGAGCUCUUACAUGGAUACAGAGGUACUCUGGGGUCACCGAUUUACUCCAGUCCUCACCUUGGAAAAGGGCUUCUAUGAAGUGGACUACAACACCUUCCAUGAUACCUAUGAGACCAACACACCCAGCUGUUGUGCCAAGGAGCUGGCAGAAAUGAAGCGGGAAGGCCGGCUCCUCCAGUACCUGCCCAGCCCUCCCUUGCUCGGAGGCUGUGCUGAGAUGGGGCAGGACGUGGGGCAGGAUGUGGAGGUUGAACAAGAUGAAGAAGAUGAGGCUGAGGGAUUGCAUGGAUCCUGGAAGACCAGGGGCUCAGUGUGAGGACUGUAUUUUCUCCUCAACCUCCCUUCACUGGCUUCCCUGAGCACAGGUACUGCAGAGCCCAGAAGGGAGUAGAGGAAUUAGCUGAGGGUGUGUUUGGAGGCUCAGGAGUUGUCAGGGCCUCAUGGGGAAGAACCACAUAUCUAGCUCUCACACCUCACAACAUAUGGCUCUUCAAGCAAGUGGCCUCCCAUCUGGGCCUUGGGCAGUACUGUCUCCUCUCCCAGCACUGGCUUAGGGCCUGGCCAGGAUGGAGUUCUCACAGCAAAAGUCACAAGGUGGCAUCUAUCUUCGUUCUGCCAGCUGACCUCAAGUCACCCCCUCCCUGGGUCUCACAGUUCUCUCCAUGGCUGACACCUAGAGAGGGCUAUGGGCCCUGCCCCUCACUCCCCUGUCCUGGGAACGGUUGUGAAUUCAGUGAAGAGGGGCUCUCCUGGGUGGAUGUUUAGACCUCUGGUGUAAAGACGAGCUCUAAGCACCCUGGUGGGUUACAGAUGCACAUCAUGGAGGUGAUCCCUUUUAAAUCUGAGGUCAAGAACCCUGUAUGAAGAGCUCCAGAGUGCAGGGCCCUGUUCAUCUCUUACUGUCUGCCAGCUGUGUGUGUUUCUCCUUUACUGUGUUCUGUGUAUCCACUGUGAUCUCCUGGGCAAUUGGCCUAAUUAGCGUGAACUUGGGCCACUGAGGACCUCUGGGGACAUGCAUGGUGGCCAUCACAACCACGUCCAGUCACACUGUGCCCUUUAUCUUCCACCAAGGAAGAACCUCAGCAGCCGGGUUUCUUGUAUGCUUUUUUGGCCCAAGAACCUCAAGUACUUCUGAUCUCUGUCAUUUUCUUGCACAAUCUCAGAGAGCCUGUGAUGUGACCCUGGGGUGAAGCUGAGCUCCAGAGGACCACAAGAACCAGAUGGCACUGAGAGAGGCAGAGAGGAAAGGGAAGCAGAGAGAAAUGAAAGCAAAAACAAAUUGUAAAAUCGCCCCACUUGUUACCCAGACACUCUGAACUCAGGCCCAACACGCCUUGUCCUUCAAGGUAAAGAGUAGGAUGUGAAGCGGAAGUGACAGAUGACUAUAGAUGCAGCCCCCUCAUCAAGUCCCAAGGUCUCAGGCUGGUGCAGAGAAGGCCUCAUACCUCACUCGCACAGCCUGGCCGGGAUGGAUAAGGGCAGGGCUACCUCUCCCCAUACCGGAAACGGGAGGCUGAGAGAGGAAGUGGGAGAAUUGGAGAGGGGGUAAAUGUUAAGGGAAAAGGAGUAGAGAGGAGCCUUAAAAUGAUUAGCUUCAGAGACAAUUCUGUUCUGGAGGAUGGAUGGGCAGAUUGUCAGGUCAAUAAAGUAUGUGUGGAGAAAGACAGGUUUGUGAUUAGCUUGCCCAGACUUGGCAACAGAGUUCGCUUGUUCCCAGGCACAGAAUUCUGCAGGGCCCUACCACAGUAUCCCUGGCUCCAGACUGGCCUGUGAAUUUGGACCACCUUCCCUGGGAACCACAGUGAAACAGGAGGGAAAGGCAGAACAGGGGAACAACUUGCAGACCUCAGACCCAGUUCCCCUCAAUCCGGGCUUCCUAGGGUCUAGGGCUGAUGGGAAGAAAGUGCCCUAGUUAGAAACCCCAUUGUGUGAUGAUUACACUCUAGGGGGUGUCUUCAUUCCUGGCACCUUUGCUGGAUCUUGAGAAGUGGGCUAGGACAGUGGUGGCCAAACAGGGGUCCUCUUGUCAAGGCAGGCUUCAGGGUGGUAGUUGCGGACCUCCUUAUUUGGUGAAGCAAGUCAUGCAGGGAAUGAGGAACAGGCUGCCAUCCCCAUCAAAAGAAACAGAAACAGCCAGUGACCGUACCCCAGUUGGUGAGCUGCAUGCAGUAGGGGUCUAGGAGAGGGGCCCUUGCUGAGCCUGGAUGCCUGGUGGGGAAGAGGCUGCCACUGGAACUCCCCAGUGGAGCUAGCACUCAGAUCCUGGUUGGAGCUGAAGAUUCUCACUCAGAACUGGUCCGUGCCCUCAGGACGCAGCCCACACUGAGGUGGCUAGAAAGGGAGGGCAGUCACAGAGGAAGCUGGCCUUGGGGCUGCACAGUGGCUUGGCUCCUGUUUCAUAUCCACCUCCAUUUACAGUGUGAAAUACCCCCAACUGGCCAAAUGAGUCUCUCUCUAGUUCUCUACUACUUUAUCAGUGGCCUCCAUAAGCCAGGGCCAAAUCCUACCUCUCCACCAGCUCUAGAAGUUUCAGAAGCUGUCAAAGACAAAGGGAUGAAAACACCCUAUCCUAAAGCUCCUUGGUAGACCAGAGUUGAUGUACACUGGAACUGUGAAAUGCUAAUCCCAGUGUGCUCAUUCUGGUUCCCAUCAUGGCAACCUAAAUGUAGGAAGACUAUCCUUCAUAGCCCAAGGAAAAUUUCUUCAAGACAUUUUCUACACAUUCUUGAAUAACCGUAGACUUAUUAAAUACAAAGUCUGAUGGUGGCUCACAUUUCAGUGGAUCACUUCCAAAUCUGCUCCUGCAUACAAGCCACUUGAUCUUUCUUGCCUGGCUCUGAGCCCACAUAACCACAGAUAGGCCACAGAAGACUGAGUCAGGCUUUAAAAUGGGGUCACUGGUGAUUCCCUCAGACCUCAGUAUCUCCAGAAUCCCAAAGUGAUAGCUCACCUGUUAGAACCUGAAAACUUGAGGAGCUGAAUUCCUGCCUUAACUCUCCCGUCCUUCCUCUCUGGAGACAUCUCCUGUAGAGACAAGUCGAAGGCAACUCAGAAGCAGAGAAGCUCUCCCUGAUUCUCCUCUUUCACCAUGUUGACACGAUUAUCCAUGGGAUCCUGCUCCUGAGCCAGCACAGAAAAGGCUUCGCCCACCCUUCCCCCUUCAGAUGCUGCUGCCACUUACCCCCUGCACAGUCAGGGAAGCCCCCAUUCCCUUCCACUCUUUGAAGCCCCCGCUCUAGCAGGCGACCCUGGUGGAGAAGAACCCCUUUCUGUCUGUGAAGCACCUUCCCCGCUGGCCACCUCACUCAGAGUUCUUACCCACAGCCUACCUUCCAAUCUGUCUUAACUCGCACCUUGUGUGAGGUCUGACCCACAGACACUUAAAUCACCCCUAUUAAAGUUGCCAAAAAGCAAAAGUUACCCACUGUCUUCUAAGACUAUGUCCCAGAAACAUCUCUGUGUGCACCACGGAAUGGGCAAGGAAGUGGCUGAGACUUACACGUGACUCUCAGAAUGCCGCAGAGGACCUCAGUAACCCCUUGUUACCAAUAAGCCUGCCCGUAGCGAUUCAGAGAGGUUCCCUGGUUUACUUAAGGCAGCAGAUAAGAGGCAGGGCCUUGGUGCCAAGCACCUCCCAAGCAACCAUGGCGGGGCCAUCCUGCAGACACGCUUGCUGGGCUCAGGCCUCAGAGAUAAGGAGAGUCCCAUCUCUCCCUCCGGCAGACACAGAUGUGCGUGCUGUGCGUGGAGUGCAGCUUCCGUCCACCAACAAUGUUCUCCCAGGACAGGACAACUGGGAAACACAUUUUACUUUUCUUCCUUUUCUAAUUUUUAUUUUUAUUAAUACAUGUUUUCAGUACAUUAUGGGAAACACCUUUUUCUGAGUCCCAGAGAAUUGAUGAGCUGUGAAAGAAGAUUAGACAGGGAAGAACUGCUUUCCAGGGGAAGCCACGUAACUCUGUGGGGCUUGGUUUUUGCUAAUGACAUCUUAACCUGCUGUGUUAAAGCUUGCUCCUCAUGCAGGAUUUGUCAAUCUUCUUAGGAAAGAGACACCACGACACUGCCAAAAAUUCACCCAAUAAAGUGCACCUGGCCUUCUG